GUGGUGGUCAUCCGUUCGCGGCCAUCCAUCGCCGUCGUCAUUCGCACGCCGUCACGGCAACAGAACGCUAUCGACACCGGCCGCGCCCGCACACGAUCCGCUCGCGCGACGUAACCAAAUAACAUUAUAAAACUCGCGGUACUGUUGUUCGCAGUCAUGUUCGCCUGCACCGCGCCGCUGUCCGCCGCCGUCGUCUGUUGCGCACUGCUGAUCGUCGCUGUCGCCGCGAGGCGCGGACAGAACGUGGCCCGUUCGACGACGACCGCGGAUUGGCGCGAAGACGUCGUCGUCCACACGACAGACGGAGGGCGCGACACCAUCACUUCGCGCGGCGGUUCUUCGUGCUGCGACGGGCGAUACGCCGCCAGCACCUCGUCACCGUCGCACAACGCCGUCGCAAGUCCCCGUGAAAUCCCUUUGAAUGUCAUAGUUGAACUGAAUCAGGUGACAAAUGUGUCAGAACUGUUCUCUAAAUUCAUGCCGGAUACAAAUAUAGAUGAAGCCCAAACACUUUUCGCUACGACAGGUUUUCAAAGUCGAAGUGCGCUAAAUAUAGAAAGAAAAUCAACGUUGGUUCCUAAGCCAGCCGGUUGUUCUCUUGAACUUCAAACGGUCAGCCUUAAAGAUACUGACGAUCAAAGUUUAUAUUAUUAUCCAACGUGCACUCGGGUGAAUCGCUGUGGUGGUUGUUGUGCCCACGACUUAAUGGCAUGCCAACCAAUCAAAGUCGAUACACUUAACUUUGAAGUUGUGGUCUCACAAUAUAACGAAGCUGGAAAAUUUGACUUCGUAGGUCGAAAAAUAGUGUCGAUUGAUCAACACUUGAAAUGUAAGUGUGGAUGCGUUGUUAAACAAGAGAAUUGUACCCCCUUGCAAACGUAUUACCCCGACGAGUGUCGUUGUAUGUGUAGCAACGAAGAGGAUCGCGAUAAGUGUAUCGAAGAAAACGAUUUGAAACUAUGGAAUCCAGCGACUUGCACGUGUCAAUGUCGUGAAAUCAAAGAAUGUACUUCAGGAUUUGGAUUUAAUUAUAAUACAUGCGGAUGUGAAGCUUUAAGACAAAGAAUAAAAAACACUGCUUAUGAAUUCAACAAAAAUACAUAUUCAUUGGGAGGAACGUGA